AUGGAGAAGUAUGGAAGUGCUACAAUGAAUUUUAGUAAAACGGAUCAGAAACCAUUACCAACAAAUUUUGAUGAAUUUAUACCUUGGGCGUGCCGUGCCUUACAAGAAAGCUUCUACCCAAUCAUCACUAGAUCUACACAACACACCCUUGAUACAUCUACGACUAAAGGAAAAAAAGAUAAAACACUAGAAAACGAACUAAACGACAUCGAAUCUGAAUUCUCCGACAAGGAAACUGGUUCAGACGAUUAUUAUAAUAACAUGAAUAAUAUAAACAUUGAGGCAGUCUACGAUAGUAACAAUUUACUACAUCAAUUGAAAUUCAUUAAAAACAACAAAGUACCAAGACAUUUACUGAAACUUAUUAGUCUUAUUACACGAUUUCAUCCUCAAUUGACAGGGAUUAAUAUAAAUAAAGGAUUGAACCACGAAGGACUCUAUGAAAUUUCAAAAAUGGUGGCUUCAUCGUUUAUUACUGAAGUCAUUCUUGAUGGUACAAUAAUCAAAGAAGGCAAUUUUUAUUUGUUAGUAGAAAAAAAAUCCUACUUGAAAUAUCUGUCUCUAGCUAGAUGCAAUAUCAACGAUACGAUACUUAAAGAACUUACCGCAAGAUUAAUUCACCCAUUACCGAUGUCAAGAGUUCUUUCAGUGCUUAAUUUAUCUUCAAAUAAAAUUACCAAUAAUGGCGCAAAAUACUUAGGGGAAAUGUUGGAAACGAAUAGACAGUUGGCUUAUCUUAAUUUGGCAGGAAAUAUGAUCAGCGAUACCGGGGCAGAAAGUAUUAUGAACAGUUUAGUAGAAUUCCCCCUCUCUAUUGAUAAUAUAAUAGCGUCAAAAACUCGAAAAUAUAAUUACUUAAAAGAGAAAAAUAACUUGGUUAAAAAAACUGUUGAAGAAAUGCUUUAUAUUGAAUUAAAUAAAAUGUCUUCUAAAUCUAAAUCCGAUCAAAAAGGACCGGCUUUUAUGAGGAAACAAAAAGAAUCAAGGAUUAGGGAGUCAACAUUAAGAUAUAAACACCGCGAAGAAAGUUAUGCUGAGUUAGCUGAAAGUGCAGUCAAUGCUCAGAUGGGCCCAUUUAUGGAUCCAUACAGUUCAGAGAAUUUAAUUAGUAGAAAUGGAACUCUAUACUGCCUUGGCAACAAUAUUCUAUGUUACUUGAGCCUGGCUUAUAACGAUCUCACAAACUUAAGUGUCAAGAAGUUGUAUUCUGUAUUAAAUACACAGCACAAUUUAAACAGAACUCCUAGAGGUUUAGUCAACGUCUGCAUAGAUGGUAAUGAUAUGACCGACUCUGAUCCAGAUUUGGCUAAAAUUGAUUUAAUUAUUGAUCGUGGGUUAACUGCAGAAUUACCGGUCGUAACUACAACUUCAAAGAAAAAGGGGGGAAGUACCAAAUAA